UUGGGAAAACAUCUGCCUUUGCAUCGGAAAAUCUCUUUUAAACGGUCGAGAUUUAAUUGAAAUAAACGUUAAGUAUUAUGGUAAUACCGAGUGGAGUGUGGGAAAACGUAAAGGGAUAUGAUAUUUCUGUUUCGUGUGGUUUUCAACUAAAAUAAGUAAUACGUUAUGCGGGAAAUAGGUUUGGUAAUUCCGAAAGGGGGGUUAACGCAAGUUGUGCACGGUGUGGUCGUUUGUGUCGGUAGUGUCGGUGUGAACGCACACGGUGUGUAAAUCACUUGUGUGGAUGGUCAAUUCAUUGUUUGUGUUGGUUCCUGAAUCGGGCAAGUGCCGUACCGUGGUGCGCGCCGUGAGAGAAGAGAUUCUUGUUUCUGAUCUGUUAUAAAUUAAAGUUAUUACAUCUCUGUCGUCGACGAGCUCAUAUUUUCAUCCAUUGAAAGGAGAAAAAUUGUCAAUCAUCAAUUUACAAGUAUGGAGAUACCGAAAAGUUUGCAGGAGGAAAUACACUCUGUACAAAACAAGCUAAAAAAUGCCAUACAAAAUCAUCAGGUCUACGUUGGAAAGCUGAAUAACGAUCCAAACAACGAGGAGCUUCUCGGGCAGAUACAUGAGAUCCAGGAGCACAUAGUUUCGCUGUCAAAGUGCCAGAAGCAAGUCGUACAACGUCUGCGUAAAGAGGUGAAGCUUUUCGAAGCGGCCAAUUCAAACGGUACAAAAGUUUCGAUACCUUCUCUUCUCGGCCUCAAUAAUAACGACAAUAUAAAUAACAACAAUGAAACGAAAACGAAAGAUUCGGAGCAGACCGUAGAUAGGAAGAAUCUCAAUGGCUUGAACCGCAGGAGAUCUACGAAAGAUGAUUAUGAAGAUGGAAUUCAGAGUGUCGAUUCACCAUCGCCAAAUGAAGAUUGCCAAAAUAAUUGUGCCAAAGCGAGACCAGAUUCAGAUGAAUCGGAAUCGAACGAUGUGGAUGUGAUGGAAAUCUCAGUGGACGAAAACCGGAAUCCCGAAAAAUUUGGUGAAAUCCAAGAAUUUGAACAGACGAACUUUCUAGGAUCACUGGGAUUAAUUACCUCGGAUACACACACGGAAUUACAAAAUAAGAGGGCCGAACGAAAACGGCGUAGCACUGCUAAUCCACAGUUCAUUUAUUCAAACUGGGAAAUUCCAACCAAAAGAAAAAAACAUUCGUAUUUGCAAUCCAACGGAACAGCGCCGCAAACACGACAAACUACGGCCCGUUUAAACGGACCUUCACCUCCUCCAAAUAAGGUUUCUGGAUCUAAGCCAUCAACCACACCGUCUAGAAUUCCUAUAAAAUCUCUAAUUCCCACCCAGAAGUCGUCAACAAGACCAAAUAUACUCAGAAACAAUCCUGAGAGCAAAGUAUUUCCGGGAAAAAUUAAAUCAGAAGAUGGUUCAACUCAGGGACCUAGUGCCAAGGGUGGUCACAUACCUGGUCUUCCUUCGACUCUCACUAUCGAGAGAAUUCGAAAUGAAACUGUUGCAGUUUGCAUCCAUUGUAGAAAUCCUGGAUCUUUGUUAGUAUGCAAAAUUUGUUCUGCAAGUUAUCACGUACCUUGUAACAUCGUUCCAUCUGCUCCCCCACGAACGUGUGGAAAAUGCAUUGUACAACCAAGAGAGCGUGACCGUGACAGAGAUAGUAGCAAUACGACACCGGUUGACCAUAGAGGGGAUAACAAAAUUGCAACAGCGUCGAAAUCGUCAGGAACUACUGGGCAAACAAGAAAAGACUCAAAGGUCCAUCAAACGGCUGGUGGAUUUUAUAAAGUUAAUGCAACAGAAGAACGAUCCAUCCCAACAACCGUUGGCAUCAACCAGCUUCCAACAUCCACCUUCCUCAUCCCCAUUGCCACAAACUCUGUCCCCACCAUCUCCGCAUCCAGCGUCACCUCCACCGUCCACAACAGUCAACCCGGAAGCGUCACCUCAUCCUCAGUAUCCCUUAUCAGACAACCAGAUUCCAGCACAUGCUAUUCGCCGAUUCUCAUCAAUCAGUUCGUGCAGCCCGGAAGGGAUAACUCGGACGCCACAGUCUCCUACACCUACCAGUUACCAAUCUCAACCAGCGCUCAGCAAAACCCAUCACAAUCAUACUUUAUCCUUGGAACAGUGCCAGAGUCAAGUGGAUCCAGUAACCGAAAAAGCAGCGGAUUAUUGUCAACCGUCGUCGGAGAUUUCGGAAAUUCCUCUGCUGUCUUCGAAUACCAACAACGUUCGACUACCGGCUACAACAAUCACGAUCAAUCGGAAAUCAAAGCGAUCCCCGCCCUUACGCACAUCUCAAAUAACUCAACUUUCGUCAGACGAUCCGGUGAACAAGUCAAGCACAAUGGAGAAUUGUGUGGGCCAGCGGAAAAUGCGCCGGCAAAGUCGGACCAGUCAAAAUCAUCGAAAAACAUCGACAGAGACAAAUGCGUCGGGGUAUCACUCACCAAGUUCAGUGUCAACCAACUGCGAAAUUCCCAAAAGUCCGACAACUUUAUACCAAUCCAAAGUGUUAUUAAUGAAUCAGAAACCGUCGACCAGCUACCCCCUGACUCCAGUGGUAAAGGUGGAAAAUGGAAGUCAAAAACGAACUUACUCUACUCAUUGUUCUCAAGCAAUAACGAGUCCCAUUCCAUCCCCAGUUGUUCUGUCCAAUCGAAAAACAGAAAUUCAGAACAAGACCAGCCCAAAUUCGACCAGCCAACAAAAAAUGACGAACAGAAGUUCGAACCAACUGACCAACCAAAACCUAGACUUCGUCAUCGCUCUUCCUCAAGCAGCUCCGAAUACGUGAAAUUGGAAGAAGCGCAUUUACCAGCGCCACUUAGACCAAACAUAAUACGAAAAUCUGUCGAUAAGAUAACCGCGAUUCCAGAGACAUUGCAGAAUUUAGCCCCGGGUGGUGUAACAUCGAAAGAAAUUAAUAACACUCAUUACGAAGAUCGUAAUAUCACGUCGUCAGGUGUUGAAGGAUCCGAAGUGAGCGAAGCAGGUAAGGUUCGUAACAAUUCGGAUUUUACAAGUUUUGAGGAUUACCAUAAUGAAAAUUUGAAAGCGACUCUCGACUUCAUAGCUAUCGAGCGGCAACACAGUAGCAAUUAUAUAAAGUUUCACGAUUUCGACGAUCUUGAAGCUGUGGAAGAUUCAUCAGAAAUGCAUAGCCGAGUGUUGCAGCAGGACCGAAUGGUGGCUAUGCCCAGUGGUAUGACUGAAUUGUUGAAAAAUAAUUUACCUAUUUCUCGGAACAAGCUCUUACCUUUGGAGAUUAAGGCUGAAUUCGAGAGACAAGACUUACCGAUAAAUGGUUUCGAGCCAAUAGAAAACGCGAGCGAGAAUGGAAACCAGGAGACAACCUUGCCAAUUGAAAUCAUUAGAUCGUCUCGGGGAGAAAAACCAAAGGUGGGUAUGAACACGGUUUCCACAGAGAAUAUGCUCGUUUUGGAACAGUUUGAAUCUGCGAUGCUGCAGGCCGACGGGGACGAAACUGCCAAUUGUUAAACCUAGUAUUAAGUGUAUACCCCGAUAAUAUAUAUACAGAGAAUUACUAAGUCUUUCAUUAGCUCAAUAAAAUGUAGUGCGUUAUUCAAAGUUUAUCUUCUGCUGAUAUUUCAUUUCUUAUACUGUAAAAUACGCGUGCCUGGGUUGCUAGAGAACGAAAUUAAUCCAGUCAUCGAUUAGAAACAUCGUUCUUUACGACGACAUUGUGGUCUAUUCAUAGAUUAAAAACAACAGAUAACAAGCGAUACAAAAAAAGUAUCGCAUUGACGGCGUCGCUUUAAUCUUGUGUUAUCCAUUAACUACAAAUCAGUCAGGCUAUGCCAUUAGAUCAUUUUAUUUGUUCGAUUAUUGGUUGAAAUCGCCAUGACAACUGAGUAAUGAUUACGAAAGUAGGUCGCAGUAAUAAUUUCAUUAUUCUGUUGAUUCGAUAAAAGAGAAGUAUGGAAAAAUGUAGUCAAAUUAUUCUAGGUACGCGUACAGUAUUAUGAUCCAGUUGAUUGCGUUACCACAAAUGUAUCAGGAUAUGUAUUUUAUUUAUUGCGUAUCGAUUUUUCUUCUUAUAGCUACGUCAUUAUGUUAGUUUCGUUUUAUCUUGUUUUUAUGAUGCAUAAGCAGCGUAUGUGAUGACACUAUACGAGUAAUAAAGUAAUAGCUAGAUUGUAAUGGAAUUAAAAUGAAGCCAUAUCUUAUAAAAUAGGUGAAGUUACGAUGAGUGAGGUUUGGGACAAUUUCUGUGGAGAGUUUUAUGUAUGAUUGUGAUGACACGUUAAAAUUUCUAUAUCCCGUUGAAAACAAAUUUCAACGCAUGUACCUACCUUAUAUGAUACCUACAUAUGCGUAUGAAAAAAAAAGAAAACUAAAAAAAAAAAUAAAUAAAAACAUUUAAAAAACGAAAAAUAUAUAUGUAUAUAAUAUAAUUAUACAGCCAUAACUUUAAUCGGAAGAAAAGAUGGACAGGACAGAUCUCAGUAAAAUUAUUAUUAAUAUAACUAUAUUCAACUCUGCGAAGUUACAAAACGCACAUAUCUCGUAUGUAAGAUAAAAAAAAGAAACUUGAAAUUUUUACUUUUCUUUUUUCAAGAGCUUAGGAUAUACCAUGCCUACUUCUACGUAAUCAAGUCAUAUUGCCAUACUGCCUUAAUAGUCGUUUAAAAAGUACUGAAAAAAAGAACAAGGAGAAAGGAAAUAACCAAAAACUAUUGAAGUGUAAUUACCUAUUUAUUUAAAGCUCACUCGAUGUUAUAAUCAAAAAAUCCUCUAUAACUAUUCAUUCAGUCAAUAUUUAAUGGAAGUUCGUACAUAGUACAUAACUAUAACUUCGACGGUCGCAUUGACUAUGUUACGAUGUAUACCCGAUGCCGUUUCGUCGUUUUAUUUUUAAUUCAUGUAUUCAUUUGAAUUUAAUUACGUGUAAUGUCUAGAAAAUUCAGGCAUGCAGUUAACAGAUAUUGUAUUCUUAACUUAUACUUUUCAUGUUAACAGUAUGCGUCUAACGUUUGAUGUAAAGAUUCUUCUUCUCUUCUCUUCUUCAGAAUAUUAAGACAAGAUUGUUACGAGUGUAGGCGAUGAGAUUAAUAUCUGAAAUUCGUAUUUUUUGAAUAAAGUAAUUGAACGAA